GUCUCAAAUCCGUGUCACCAUGGUGGGACGUGUAAAGACCAAGUCAAUGCAUUCAUGUGUAUAUGUGUUUUAGGAUAUACAGGAGUAAAUUGUCAAACAGAUAUUAAUGAAUGUGCGUCAAACCCCUGCGCUAAUGGCGGAAGUUGUACAGAUCACGUGAACCGAUAUACUUGUUCAUGCGUACCUGGGUAUAUAGGAUCUAACUGCCAGACAGAUUUUGAUGAAUGCCAUUCCAAUCCAUGCAUGAAUACUGGAUCCUGUAAUAAUUUAAUCAACAGCUACAGAUGUGACUGCACAGAUAGAUACGAAGGCGAUAUUUGUCAAACAGAUUGCAGACCUGGUCCUGCAGACAUUGUAUUUAUCAUUGACACAUCGUCCAGCUUAGAAACAAAUAUCAACAAAAGUCUUAGUUUCAUAACUGAAUUCAUAAAAAGAAUACCAAUUGGAAAAGAUGACUUUCAAGUGGGUGUUAUCACAUAUAAUUUUGAUGCAACUGUACUUUUUGAUCUUGAUGAUUAUACAUCUACAUCUGAUAUGGUUGCCAAACUUCAGCAUAUUAAAGGGGAAAAUGGUGCCACAUUUACAUCACCAGCAUUAAAGAAGGCAAAAGAGAUGUUAACCAACAAAUCAUUUGGAUCACGUAGAAUAUCUAACUUCAUAAUAUUGCUCUACGACGGUUUGUCAACAGACAGUAAUGACGCUGUAAAUGAGGCUACGAUAAUAAACUCUAUUGGUGGACGUAUCAUUACUGUAGCUGUUGGUCAGUCUAUAUCCUACUCUGAGAUGUUAGCGAUUUCAAGGGAACAAUAUUACACAUUCAGCACAUCAGUUUUGGAUGAUAUGUUAAAUGGCAUCUUGAAGGAAACUGUUCCAGGAAAUUGUACAGACUGUUAUAUGGUAACUGAAUCACAGGUCAUUCUCCUUCUGGAUACUAACAAUAACCAAACGAGAGACGAUUACAAUAAACGUCUUACAGCAAGUCGACGAACAGUAGAACAAAUCAAAACUUACAAUCCUAAUGCAGAAAUAGGCAUGUUUUCAUAUUCGGACGAAGUAGAACAAGUUUUUAAUUUAUCGUGGUCAUCUGAUAUCGACGAGUUAAUUGCCGCUGCAUUGCAAGUCAGGAUUGAUAAAGCGACUGCGAUUUCAAACACAAGUCAUGCUUUAAAACAUAUUCGAGAAAGUAACUUAUUUAACUCAUCACGAAAUCUUGUUGUGUUAUUCUCUAACGCAAUAUGGAACAAUCAAGCUGAAAUCGACCUAGAGAUUCAAUUAUCAAAACAACAAGACAUUCACAUCUUUGGUGUAGCAGCAGGAGAAGACUGUAACAAGGAUAAUCUUGGUGGUGUUUUAAACGAUCCUAGCUUCAUGUUUUAUGUUGACGAUGACGAUUUCACGUCCUUAACGUCGCUAGCAGCAAUAACAAAGUAUAAUAAUUGCAUUGAUGACAUUUUUAAAAAGCGACAGUAAAAAGUCAGAUUUAUAAACU